CCUCCCGCCGCACUCGCAGCGCAGGGUCCGGCCCGCGGUAGCCGCUCGGAGCUCUCCAGGCAGGAGCCAGUGCGAGGGCCGGCGGGCGGCAGACGGCGAGCGAAGCCGGGAGCCGAAGUGGGUGCCAGGGCAGCCGAAAAGCCCCCAGGAGCGGCGCGGCGGGCCCAGAGCGACGCGGCCGAACCUCCUGCAAACUUGGGCGCGCGCUCGCGCCACUGCGCGGGCGGCCGGAGCGAUGAAGAUGGUGGCCCCCUGGACGCGGUUCUACUCCAACAGCUGCUGCCUGUGCUGCCAUGUCCGCACCGGCACCAUCCUGCUCGGCAUCUGGUACCUGAUCAUCAAUGCCGUGUUCCUGUUGAUUCUGCUGAGCGCCCUGGCUGAUCCAGAUCAGUAUCACUUUUCAAGUUCUGAACUAGGAGGUGACUUUGAGUUCAUGGACGAUGCCAACAUGUUCAUCGCCAUCGCGAUUUCUCUCCUCAUGAUCCUGAUAUGUGCCAUGGCCACUUACGGAGCCUACAAGCAACACGCUGCCUGGAUCAUCCCGUUCUUCUGUUACCAGAUCUUCGAUUUUGCCCUGAACACCUUGGUUGCAGUCACUGUGCUUGUUUAUCCAAACUCCAUCCAGGAGUACAUACGACAGCUGCCUCCCAACUUUCCUUAUAAGGAUGAUAUCAUGUCAGUGAAUCCUACCUGCUUGGUCCUUAUUAUUCUUCUGUUUAUCAGCAUUAUGCUGACUUUUAAGGGUUACUUGAUUAGCUGUGUUUGGAACUGCUACCGGUACAUCAAUGGCAGGAGCUCCUCCGACGUCCUGGUUUAUGUUACCAGCAAUGACACCACGGUGCUGUUACCCCCGUACGAUGACGCCACUGUGAACGGCGCUGCCAAGGAGCCACCGCCACCUUAUGUGUCCGCCUGAGCGCGAGAGUGACAGCCACAGCUUGGAGACUCUGCAUCGGAGCAAUAGUCCUUUCAUGUUCCUUCUGAGAUGAGCUCGCCGAGCUUCUUUGUGGCUGAAAUGCUACAGUUAAAAAUUUCAGAUGUUAAGUUGAAACAUACGCUUUAGCUGGAGCACUGUGAUAGUCCCUGUAGCAUUCCUUCUGUGGGUGGGGGUGGGGCUCCCCAGUCUUCCCCUGGCUCUGACGCUCCCCAGCAAUCUCCAUGAACCUUGAGUCCUGGGAGCCUGUUUGCUGUACGUGUUGAGCCCCAGAGUUGAAGAAUUUGUGACACUUUUCUCUCCGUUCCCUCUUUCUCUUUUGAAAGUAUAAAAAUCAGAAUUAGUGCUUUUCUUAGGCCAUUCCAGUACUUAGAACAAAUCCUUAGGAGAACAGAAAUGUUGAUUUGCAAGGAGUCCAUAUAUAUAUAUGCAUACAUAAAACAAGAAUUUCCUUAGCUCCUUUGUGAAUUUGCUGGUCAAGGAUUUUUGUCCACGGGGUAAAUUGAGGCCCUUUGACAGUCCCCGGCUGUGCGACCAGUCAGUCACCACCCCCGGUGGCUGCACUUGGACACCGGUGCCUGGGGUCGGGGGUUGGCGUGUUGGAGGGGACCUGAUGUGUUUGGUACUGCGUGGUGUCAGGUCCUCUCUUCCGCUGGGUUUCCCAUCCUCGCUCAGAUCACUAAAUAUUCUGCCUGCCCCAGCCUGAUUCCGGGAGGGCACCCGUUGUCCUCUGUCAAGUGGAAUUGCUGAUAGGGAUUUACCAAACGAUAUGAAGAAAGGUUUUCUUCUCUCCCUUCAGGCCACCUCCUACUACUCUGAACUUUGAGUAUGCCUCGUCAUCUUUUAAAAUGAGUGUAAAACAGUCUUUCAAAAAAUGAGAGUGGGGAGAAUGCUUUCCCUGUAAAAUGCCCUUGACAGCCUGAGUUUCAAGGGACUUUUAUAUAUUCGUAUGUUCAAAAGUCACAGCCCUCCUGUUUGUUCGUUUUUGAUUGUGCUGUAUGUACAUGAAGGCUGUUGCAAUAAAAGUGAGAUCUGCCCACAUCCAAGAAAACAGCCUUUUGACUGCAUGAUGAUUGUGCCUGGGAACCUUGCCUGUGUGGGGCUGCGCACAUGCACGGUUCGGCCCGAGGAGGAGGCUUUAUGGCUUGUCUCACACGUGUGUGUUUUUUAAUAUUUCAUCACUGAUAAAAAUGAGAGCAUCUCAGGCCAAGAGAAGUGGAGAGGAGCGGGCGUGAGCUGCCAGCAUGCCGAGCCACGCCUCUACCAGGCUCGGCAGCUUUGCAUGUGAUUGCAUUAUGUCCACCGCGCACUGGUAACAAGCAGUUCAGGUUUUACUAUGUUCCAUUUUGGGGAGAUUAAAAUAAGAGAGGUUUUGGUUUGUUCCAGAAUGGGUACUUCAGAUCAUUUGGAAAUGUAAAGAAAAUAAAAUGAGCAGUGAGGGGAGAUUUUUAUCCCUAAGAAUCA